AGCCGGUGGCUAGUCGGAGGUCGCAGUCCCCGGGAGUGGACUCUGCCGUCGCGCCGGCAUCGCCAGAGUCAGCGGGGGAGCAGCGGGCAUGGACCAGGCCAUGGCACGGCGCACAGGCGGAGGGCUCAUCAUCCCUGAGCAGAUCAUGAGGACAGGAGCCUGUUUGCUACAAAAUUUCAUCCUUGAUCAAGUAAGGCAAGCUGGAGGGCCAGUAUUUGAGAUGUCCCAGGAUGCAGGCAUCAAAAUGCUGGUCCAGAUUCUCAAAAACAUCACACAAGACUUGGAUAAUAACAAGGAGAUGCAGAGGCUAAUCGUAUCAGUGAAGGAUAAAGUCUGCACUGUAGCCGUCUUCUUCCAAGUGGCAAACCAGUUAAUUUCAGAAGGCAUCACCUGGAGCCGGGUUGCCGCCCUUUUCUACUUUGCCAGCAAACUGGUGCUCCAGGCCCUGCACUCAGGCAUGCCAGAGCAGAUUGCUUCCAUCAUGCACUGGACACUGGACUUCCUUCGAGAGCGACUGCUGGAAUGGAUCCAGGAGCAGGGUGGCUGGGAUGGACUCGUCAACAAAUACAAUGAUAAAUUCAAGUGGCUGACAGUGGCAAUGACCAUCGGGACCUGCGCGUUUUUCUUAAUCAGACGCCUGGCGAACUUAGGCUGAGGCCCCUGCUGCCUGCUUUCUCCAUCUCAGUAACUUCCUGUGCCCACUCUGGAAUGUCCUCCCCGUCUUCCUCCAGCUCCCCUUUCUGUCUCCAGUCCCCCAAUGCCUUUUCUGCCUUUUCAGUUUACGUUCCACCCCUUCCUCCUGUGGCUUCUCUCCAUACCAAGUCAUUCAAGCUUCGCAGGGAGAACCUCCAAAUCUCAUAGCACUUUUCUUACUUUUAUAAGUACUGGGGGAAGUGGUCUGGACAAUAAAACUUUCAGGCCACA